UAGCUUAUUAACUUCUUCAUCAUCAUCAUCAUCAUCACUUGUUGUUAUAUUAAUUGUUCAAUAAUAGUUAUCAGCAGGGAAUUGAAUUAAAAUGAGCAAAGAAAGCGAAGUUCCGAAGCUGAACCAGAGAAUCCUUUCUUCUCUGUCCAAGAGGUCCAUUGCUGCCCAUCCCUGGCAUGAUCUUGAAAUAGGAUCUGACGCUCCAAGCAUUGUCAACGUAGUGAUUGAGAUAACAAAGGGAAGCAAAGUAAAAUACGAGCUUGACAAGAAAACCGGCCUCAUUAUGGUGGAUCGUAUCCUGUAUUCAUCCGUGGUUUAUCCUCACAACUAUGGCUUCAUUCCAAGAACUCUAUGUGAAGACAAUGACCCCAUGGAUGUUCUAGUCCUAAUGCAGGAACCUGUUGUUCCUGGUUGUUUUCUCCGAGCUAGGGCCAUAGGACUGAUGCCGAUGAUUGAUCAGGGUGAAAAGGAUGAUAAAAUCAUAGCGGUUUGUGCUGAUGAUCCAGAGUACCGGCAUUACACUGAUAUCAGCCAACUCCCUCCUCAUCGUUUGGCCGAAAUUCGCCGAUUCUUUGAAGAUUACAAGAAAAAUGAGAACAAGAUGGUGGCGGUUAACGAGUUUCUUCCACCGGACACUGCCGUGAAAGCGAUCCAGUACUCCAUGGACCUUUAUGCCGAGUACAUUUUGCAGACUUUAAACAAGUAAUUUGGUUACUCAAAGGUGUAUCGGAAAUGCUGGCUUUCCUCAGAACCAAAAUUUUGGUCAAUUUUGUUUUUGUUUUUUUUUGUUUUUUUUUUUUUGGG